AAAUCAACAAUUUUACCUUUAAAAUAUCUUAAAAUUAUCCAAACAUUUCCUUAUGAUUUUAUUUAGAAGUAUUAUUUGUGGUGCAAGUGAAUUUGUUGAGUAUUUGCGAUGUGUUAUGAACCAUAAACAAGUGCGUCGCAAAACCGCUUCAGUCUAGAGAAUAACUUCACGAAAUUGGUAGGCGUCGCAAACAACGGAUUGUUUCAAAGUGUGGACCUUAUGUUAGUGAAAUUAUAUCGAAUGUGAGGUUAGGAGUUUUUCGCGGGAAGAUUUCAAGAUGGCGACCGCGACACAACCGUCGUGCAUGAGCACGGAACAUGGGUGCGUCAUGUUCGACUGCCUCGUGCAUCUUUGGGAAUGGCUUGAUCCACCUGCGGCUCAGUCACAAUACCAAAUGGAGAACAAAAAGAUCCCGCCGGCGACGCAGCAGCCGCUCACCCAGCAACACCUGCUGGCACAUCACGUGCACCCCGAGCAGAUCUACUCUCAGCAUCAUCCUCAACUAUCCCACCUCAGUUCUUCUCAAACAGGCCAAAUACAACCAAAUGGCGUCAUGCACCAGUUACUGCAGAGUCAGUAUCACUCAAACAUGAAUGCACGAUCUCCGCUCCUUGAAAACAGACACGAUUUGUAUAGUACUGGUCACAAUCACGAUUACGCCCGACAUUAUGGAGCAAAUGAUAACUAUAAUUACCCACAGUCACCACCCAGACACGAAAGGACAGAGGUGCACACAGAUCAGAACGUUAAUCACGAGCUACUUCACAAUAUACCUAAAGGAUACAACGCAGAAGUCUAUCAAGAUUAUUUAAAACGAAACCCACCGAAAGAUACCAAUCAAAUAUACCAAAAUCAUCAACCUAUGUAUAGGCCUAAUGUUAAUCCUAAUCAGUAUGGAUCCAAGCCAUAUCUGCCAUAUUCUAAUAGAAUAGGACCUCAGAGUAACACAGAAUUAUUACGUAGACAAUAUAGUGAAAUUCAACAAAUGAAAUUGCAGCAGCAGCUUCAUUAUCAAAAUCAGGCACAAAUGCACCAACAACAGAAAUUCGCUGAACGACAGUUGUUACUGCAACAGAUUCACGGAGUACAGCCACCACCUAAUUUACAAAAUAGUAUAUACUCAGAUGGUUCAUACAGAGACUUGGAUCGAUACAGUAGUAAGAACGAUUUCAAAGAAUAUAGUAGCCCUGAUAUACAAAAAGAUAUCGACAGUUAUGCUAAAAACAAUGAGUACAAAGAGUAUGAAAAGCAAAAUAGGCAGUACGAAGCUCAGUGGAAUCAAAAUCAGCAAGCUGAGUACAGAGAGCAGGAACAACAAUAUAGAAGGCAGUUAGAAAUGGAGAAAGGGAAAAGCCAGUCUCCACCAUCAGAUUAUAAAAGCCAAAGUCAAAAGAAUAAUAUGAGUGUCGCAUCACCCAUGAAGUCUAGCGAAUCUAGUACUCCUAGUGUGAAGUCUCCAUCUUCGGACAGUAGGCGGAGCAGUGGUGGAAACCAAGCUCUGCGAUCACCUAUAGCACACCGUGUACCAUCCGCUCCGGUCACCAUGUCUGGAAUCCUUUACAAACAAGGUUCAGAUGGAUUAAAAGUAUGGAGGAAGAGGUGGUUCGUUUUGUCGGAGUACUGCUUGUUCUACUACAAGAGUCAAGACGAAGAGAAACUUCUUGGCUCAGUGCUCCUGCCGUCAUAUAAGGUAUCAGGUUGCACCGCGGAGGACAAAGUGCUUCGGAAAUUUGCAUUCAAAUUGGAACAUGCGAAUAUGAGAACUUACGUCCUUGCGGCGCCUGAUCAGGAGGCAAUGAUGAAAUGGGUGAAGGCGUUGACCAUGGCCGCACUAAUGCAGAGCCCCAAUGAGCAGCCGCAAAAACAGAGCGAUCGGACAGCUGCGAAAACUGAGGAUGUCGAUGAAAUACCAACCUACGCGAAUGCUCCACCGAAACCAAGGCGCUCUAAUGAAGGAUACAAUUCACCAAGCCCUGACAUGUACGAUCCAAACUAUGACCUACUCAAAAAGCCAGCAUCACAUUACAGUCAAGGCACUAGUCACGCACGAUAUCAAGACCACGCAAAUUAUCCAGCCAGUCCAAACCAAGAGCCUACAUACACUCGCAGUCCGCAAUCUCCACCGCCAGUACAACAACAACCACAAUAUCAAACAAAACGACCACCUUAUGAUACGCAACAUCUCUCUUUGCCAUUAACAAACACAGUCACCGACAAACUUGAGAACAACCAACCCAGUACCUCAUCUAUGUAUAAAUCUAAUCCACAAUCGCCUUAUUUUGAUAGGAAUAGAAGCCAACAGCAAAUGGCACAAGAAAACAGGGAACAAAAUAUAUACGAGAGGCAAUCGCAACGUAAUCCUUUCCUGCAAGAUACGACUCCUCAGACGGAAACAUCUACAAAAGAUGAACGAAAUGAACAACAGAAUAACUCUCGAUCGAAUAUGAAGGAAGAAAGGUCUGAAUCAGUUCACAAGGAAUCUUUACACAAUGAUAGUAGAAAUAGCGCUAAAUCUAAUCUAGAUUUAAAUGCUUACAAUAGGGAUAUGUAUGGGGAGUUGACUUCUAGGCAAGUUAGAGCGGGAAGUGCUUUAAACGAACGUUUAAUGGCUGAGAGGCGGACGCCAGACGCUUACGGUAGAUCUACAACAAUGUCUGCUUAUAACAAAGGCAAAAUGGGAGACUAUGAGGAUGUAUACUCACAAUAUGUCACCGAAAAUGACUACGGUAAAACAUAUGCCAAAUCGCCAAACCCAUCUCAAGGUGAUGCAGUGAGCACUUCUUCUAAUCAACAACAACAAAAAUUGCCAGGAAAUUAUCCUCAAGAGAAAACAUUCAGCGGACCUUCAGUUCUAAGGCGAAAGAAAAUGCAAUCGAGUGGAAUUCAACCUCCAAUGCCACGUCCGCAUAGUGCAGAUUUUCUUGAAUAUGAGUCAAAAGCGGAAAUGUUGAACAGAUCCGCUCCUUCUCGCUCAGCUUAUGAUUCAUACAAAGAACCACAACGGCCUAAGUCCAGUUUGGAUAUAAAUUCUUACUACGACCCUAGUUCUGAUAGAUACUAUUCUGAAGAAAGUUACGCAGAAAAAAUGCGUCAAUCCGCACAGUAUUUGCAACAAGGACUCGUACCGAGUGUGGUUCCUAGAAAUAUGGAGAUACCCCUCGCUAAUUAUGCCAGUGGCUUAGCAAAGAAACAACUGAGCACUGCAUAUUCACAAAUGACGAAUAAUAAUUACGAAGCUGAGUUUAGUUCGAAUCGGGAUAAUGUAAGUUUUAAUUCGAAGUACGGUGAUUUAGAAGCACUGAAUUCUAAUUGGACAUUAAAAGAAAAAGAGAUACAAAAGGAAUAUCUAAAUAGAAGUGGUAGCGUGAUGAGCGAUGGUUCCAACGUCAGUGGAUAUGUUAAAGAGGCAGCGAAAUAUGAUACUAAUGCUGAUGGAUUUAUGAGAUCUGCUAGUGCAAGGUUACCUUCGACAUCUACAGAAAAGGAAGGUGAAAAGAAAGUUCAACAGCGUGAGGAGUCAAUGAAACGUUUAUUGGAGUGGAAGCAAAGGAUGUUGCAAUCACCCCUAACCAGAAAAAGUACUCCUGCAACAAUAUCUCUCGCAAGGUCUCUCAAUCAUAGUCGCCAGUCUCUACGAUCAGACCAAUAUAAAUCUAAAACGUAUACGAACGCGUCAUACAAUAGCUAUUCUUCGGAUGAUGAAGCUUCUAUGACAAUGUCAGGCGCGCAUACGGAAUCUGGUACAAAUAAUAACUCAAAAAGUCAGCAAGCAUUGUCAAAGAAAGCUUUUCUCGGAAGUAAUACGUCAAUUGGAAGAAGCAGUCGGGACGCCAAUAUACCGGUACGAGCAGUGAGCCCAAGAGUUAGAUGGGUAGAAGACAAACAGUCUAACGACCACUAUGGCUCACAGCAAAUGUCGACGUCUCAGCAAAACCUAAACACAUUAAAUACUACGGAGGACUCUUGGGCUUCAGCCAGAUCUCCCUCUAGAGCUUCCCAGCAACCAAUCAGAGCUGUGAGCCCUCGAGUCCGCAGAAACACUGAGAAUGAUGAAAUGCAACGGGGGGUGCAGCAGCCGAACCAAAAUGAACAGUUAGGGGAAAUUCCAACUGCUGGAGAACUUCUUGGUCGAACUCAUGAAGAAUUGGUGUUGCUCUUGAUUCAAUUACGGAGACGCCAUGCGGCGACCCAUCGGGCCAUCGAGCAGUGCUGCGCUCAAAUCAGUAGUAUUGAGGAUUGUCUCAGUUCUUUAAAAGCAAUGGAACGGGAAGAAAGUCUUCAACGUCUUGAAUUCCUUAAAAAUCAGUUAAUGGAGCUAGAACAUCAGUAUGAAAAAAGCAAACCUCUUGUCCAACUCGUGGACAAUAUGGUCAAGUUAGGAUCUCUGUACAACCGGCCUGGUUCUACCAUCGAAAGGUUGGAAAGAAACCAGAGGCUGCGACAGAAAGUUCUGGCUGAACAUGCUCUGGAACAACAAAGAUGGCUCGAAAGUGUGGCUGCAGGCAAAUCUUUGGAAACAGAAGCAGCUAGAGCGAGAGUAGCCGAGCUGUGGGCAUUGGAACAAGAACUUUCUGAUGAAGCCGCCAUAUUGCAAGGUCUGAGGACUGAUAAGGAUGCUAUUGAGAAUUUACUUUCUGGUGUUCGCGGUAAGCUGGAUAGUGUUCACAAAGGCGAGAUCAAUGUAGAAGUCAAUCCUCCAGCGCCUCGAAGACCAACAGCUCCACCCAGUCAUGCAGCAGGAGGCCUCGAAGAGGAACUGGCGCGCGUGCAACAGAUGUUGGCGCACAAUUCUAAGGUUUAUAAGAAAUUGGAGCAGACGGUUGCGGAUAACGCUCGGUUGGAACGUGAACUGCAGCAACUGCGGCGCGCGCUGCAGGCGAGGCGAGCCGCUGGACACCAGCAUCAUGCAGCCAACCCCACCGCCAUGUUAGAAGAUGAAGUUUCACGCGUCCAGCAACUGGUGACAGCAUUGCAGCGCCAGCGACAGGAGCUGAGCCGUGCAGUCAGACAUCUGACUCAACAGUCACACGCGUUGCAGAAUACACACGAUUCUAUGCCUGGAAAACGUCGUCCCAUGUCUUCGUGGCAAGAAACCAAUUUGGACACAGGUCACACGAUCGACCACGGUCACUCUGACUACGACUAUGACGUAGGACCGCUGAUGCCUCCUGGUCACUACGAUCAUUCCAAUGUUGAGACACCCCUCUAUGUGGACACUAGAGGCCCAGGUGCUGACGUCACUUCACCACUCAACAGUGAAGACUUACAACAUGCUGGUUUCAGUAACCUAACAAAUGUAGAGAAGCAGGAGAUAAAAACGGUCCGCAUAGUCAAGCGAGAGAGUGAACGACGUCAACGAGACAGGGAACGUUCCCUUCAGCCCAUGUCUGAUUGGCCCACCAACAACAUCACUGCUAAUCUAGACCAAUUUCUGGAGGAAGAACUCGUACAAUCACUUAAUUACUCGCGAUCGACUUCACUACCUCGAAACGAACAAUACGAGCAAGUAUACGGCAUGAGACGUGACAAUAACUACUUGCAGCCGAACAUGGAUCUCAGUCCCAAAUACGUGUCAAGUCCGUCUCUUUCCAACUAUGAUUACUCGCAAAAUAUGUCUUCUUUGAGCAGCAGUUACAACAAGAGCUAUGACAGAUCUGGAUAUGAUCGUACCAUCUCUUUGUCAACACAGUACUUAAAUAGUCCCACUGAUAGCUCAAGGACGUUGACGAAUGAUCCUUUGUCAAAGACCAGCAGUGUGGUUAGUUUGACAAGGUCUCAUAUGGAGCUCUCUCCAAUAUUCAAGAGCGAGGCCGCUAAACAAAUCAUAACAGAAAUGUCUGGUGAUGCUCCUAAGAAUGGAUCUUUACAUAGGAGACAGGUGCCGAAAGAAAAGAGGAGGCACUAUACCGCACCUCACCAUCUUAGUGCUAAAACGCUAAACGAAAUGCCCAAGGAUGCGUAUAAUCAAGACAAGAUGGGACGAUCAGUGGAUGACGCGGAUAUGGAGCGAGCCUUACGUGGCGCGGCUCCAGACGUAGUGAGAUCUGCACUACCACCACAAGCGCUCAGAUUGGCUGAUAAUACCAUUGACCAGCUUCUCGCUGCACCACAGAAAAUCCUCAUUCCAGAGAGAUAUAUUCCGGAGAAGCCACCAGAACUAUCACCAGAAGAGCAACAAAAAAGGCAGGAGAAAGUGGAGUCGAUAAAGAAAAUGUUGACAGGAACAUCGGCUGACCCCAACAAGAGUCCGGAUGCUGACGAGAAGCGGCAACGGGAGCACUUGCUACAAAUGAACCAGAUACUCGCCAAGCAGGUCACUGAGAUGAGCAAAAUCAUCGCCGUGAAAGCGUUAGAAGAACUGCCUCAAAAUGGUAAUGCUGACGACUUGGACGAUCGUUCACCUGAUGUAGAACUGCCCAUCUAUCAACAAAGAGACAAUUUCUUCACCUAGUACUAGGUACUUGAGAGGAUUUACACAAUUAUUGGACUAGGACAAAAUAACAAAUAUAGACAACCUGCGUAUUUAAUAACGUCUUAUGAUAUACCUAUUCAAAUCAUCACCCACAUAAUUGACUAGACUGGUAUUUGGCUGUCUUUGGCUUAGAAAAUUCUUUGGCAAUUUGUAGGAUCUAAAAUGUAUUUACCUACAUGUAUUGUUUAACCUAGUUUGAACGUAACCGAGCUCGGCUUUAAAUAAAGGAUAAGCAGUCAAUGUAGAAUGUUCAAUUAAUAGUUCAUAAUGUAAUCGUUUUUUCGUAUGUUUAUAGGUGAGAUUAUAAAUCAAAUAUUUAUAACAUUUGUAGACAUAAAUAGCAACAUGUAAUUGUUUCUAAUUUUGUAAUUAGUGAAAUUAUGUGGUUUUAAUCUCGAAAAUUAUAUGAAAACAUGUGAGAAAAUGAGAAAAGCUUAAGUCAUGACUGCUUUUAAAAAAUUUAUAAAAGAUAAUUACUUUGUUUCUACCAGAUCUGUUUGUACUUUGUGAAUCUCAAUGUUUGAUGUUUAUAGGAACUAAAUAUUAUAUUAGUCAAUGUGUUUCGACUGCAAUGUGCGUUCCACAUAUCUAUCAAAAUAUCAUAUAUACCUACUUAUAUAAAACGUGUAAUUAAUGGCUAAGAAAUAAAUAGGAAUUGGUAUUUUUUGUAGCAUUUGCUCAAUUUGUGAACAUUCCUUAGCGAUGUUGUUUUUGUAGUGUAUAUGACUCUGUAAAAUACGCAUAUUGUUUUGGCCAGUUUGUAAAUUGAUACUUUUAAAUUCAAUACUUUAAGAGGUCACAGUUUUUUGCAUUAUUGCCAUUACUUAAGCUUUUGAACGCGACGGUCGGCUAUAGACGACGAAUAAUAAUUAAAACGUUUUCUUGUCAGCAGUGGCGAAUUAGUCCCGUUUUUGUUUGUAGUCUAUUACCGACCGUGGCGUUCAAAAAGUUAAAUAUAUUACAAAUUUUAUAUAGGUACCUACAUAAAGACCUCUCAGAAUCUCAUAUUGUAUUGAAUUUUAAUGGUAGGUAGCUUCGAUCAAUUAAUUUUGGUAUUUAAUACAAGUCUUCUAUGUAAAAGGCCUUGAAUUGUUACUGUAGACUUAAGAUUUAGCGAAAUGUACCUAGAUGACGAUAUGAUGUUAUAGUUGCCAUGAUUUUGAAUAGAAAGUGCACAUUUAUAUUUAUAUAAAUAUAAUUAUAAUUUAGCAUAACGAUAACAAUGCGUUUUAGUAUUAUUUCGUUAAUUUCAUUCUGUACUUAAAUGUAAAUAUAAAUUGUACAUUUAAUUUAAUUUUUCUUGUACUUAAGUCUUGAUUUUUUAUUAUUUGUAUGUAGCUUGUUAAUUAUGUUUAUAUGUACUUAGUAUUGUAUAGAUAAUAUUAUGUGAACAUCUUAUGCAACAAUAUUACACUAUGCAUCGUUAUUUUGAUGUCAGAGCAGCAUUUAAAAAAAAAAACAAUUACAUUGUUCAAUGUAACUAUUUUAUGUUUUUUUCUGUGGGGUCUCGAAGUUAGUUUGUUUGAUUGGGGAUAAUAAAUGAAUGAUAAAUACUCGAUAUAUAUUUACCUUAACCUUAAAGUUUUAACUGAAAGUAAGGAAAAAUGGUAAAUAAAUCGUUUUAUUUGGGUGCGAAAUUAACUAGAUUUGUGUGUAGUACGAAACAAGUGAAACAAGUGAAACAAGUGAAUUUAUUUCUGCAAAUAGGCUACAAGGCAGCACUUUUACACGUCAAU